AUGCGCUUUCUCUCUACCCUCGCCAGCCUGCUCCUCAUCGGAGUCACUAGUACGGCGGCCCAAGACGAAUGCUCGACCUCCAUUAGCUCCAGCGACAACACCAUCGUGCAGUUCGCCUGGUACCUCCAGGUCUUCAUCGAGCGCUUCUACUCCUCUGUCCAGAUCGACCAGAGCUUCAUCUCCAGCCUCCCUGGCGGCUCCCCCUCCAGCUACUACAACCUCCAGGGCCUGCAGCAGCAGAACCGCCUGGGCCUCUCCGCCGUCCAACAGGUCGGCACCAAGGUCCCCGGCUUCGACACUCCGGGAUGUGAAUUCACUUUCCCCCGCGUCUCUAGCGGCAUCUCGUACAUCCAGAACGCCGCCAAGCUCGAAGCUGAUGUCUCGGGUGCCUUCAUCGGCCUGACGGCCUACACCCAGAAGCCCGAGCUGGCCUUCCUCUUCUCCCGCCUGGCUGGUGAGCACAGCGCCCACGCUGCGUGGCUGGGCGGCUACACGGGCUCCAACUCUACCGUCUUCCCGCGCAACAGCACCUCCCUGGUCCCCGCGUACACCCCCGACCACGUUCUCAAGUCCGGUAACCGCCCCGGCCAGUUGGGCCAGUACAUCCACUCUUGCGCGCGCGCACCUGCUGCGCCCGGCGGCCAGGCCGUCGUUAUCGGAAACUUGGGUGCGGCGCUGGUUGCGCCGUCGGCUAGUAGCUCUUUCGUCGCUGCUACUUCGAGCGUGAAUCCUAGCGGGCCUUUCGCUAGCGGGGUUUUCAGUGGCUCGCUUGCUUCGCCUGCUUCUAGCACUUCUGUUUCUGGAUUUACUUCGUCCAGUGGUGCUGCUUCUUCGUCGGGCAUUUUUGGUGGUGGUGGUGCCGGUGGUUCGUCGAGCACCCCGGCUUCUAGUUCUGCUAGCCCCUCCAGCUCUGCUAGCCCCUCCAGCUCCUCCUAA